AUGAAUUACAGCACUGCGUGGUGGACAUGCGCGGAGUUGCAGCGAAUAUGGCGGCAUGCUGAUAGAAAGUGAGGAAUCUCCCAUCAAAAUACCCAGUUUAAACGUGUCUGUGUGGGGAACAGCCUGUCUGACUUGAGCCUUUCUGCAGCCGCACGUUUAACUUUGGUCAUCAUGGGCCGGACACCACACAGAGAUCAAAAAGAAGAGAAAGAGAGACGAAGCAGCAUCACAGCAGGAUCUCCCCUCGACAAAUCUAAUGAACCGUUCAGUUGGGAAGACUAUCUAAGAGAAACGUCCUCUACUGCAGCGUCACCUACUUGCUUCAAACAGUCCAGAGUCCCCCCCUCCAAUGACUUUAAAGCAGGUAUGAAACUUGAGGCACGGGACCCUCGCAACUCUAACUCUGUGUGCAUUGCAACUGUGAUGGGCAUGAUGGGUACUCGCCUACGCCUGCGUCUGGAUGGAAGCGACAACACCAAUGACUUCUGGAGACUGGUCGACUCGUUAGACAUCCAACCAAUAGGAACCUGUGAGAGAAACGGAGACAUGUUGCAGCCACCGCUGGGUUUCAGGAUGAAUGCCUCCUCGUGGCCCAUGUUCCUCCUGCGGACGCUGAGUGGAGCCGAAAUGGCCCCUGCCUCUGCUUUUAAAAAGGAACCAGCCAGUCCGGUUAAAAACUACUUCCAGCCUGGUAUGAAGCUGGAGGCGGUGGACAGGAAGAACCCCUAUCUGAUUUGUCCUGCCACAGUGGGAGAAGUCAGAGGUCAGGAGAUUUUCGUCAUGUUUGACGGCUGGCGAGGCGCCUUUGACUAUUGGUGCCCCUUUGACUCCAGAGACAUCUUCCCCGUCGGCUGGUGUGCCCUGACAAAACACAGCAUACAGCCGCCUGGAAAUUUCUUUACCCUCCCUGGUGCCCUUCUCGCUCCCGUGUCUUCCACCUCAGCCUCCCUCACUACACGUCGCUCGUCCACCAAUCCCUCCUCCUCCAUGCAGACUUCAUACCGACUGCCGAAUCCCUUGCCACCCCUCCCUGUACGCAAGGGUGUCCGAGGUCGACGGCCCAAAUCCCAGACUAUUGCUUUGUUGAAGGCGGCAGCUGAGGCUGCGGCGGCAGCAGCAGUAAAUGGAGCAUCACAGAGCCCUGCCAGAAUGAUCUCUGAGGCUCAUUUGGCCCCCAGACCACACAAGAAGAGGGGGCCAAAGCCUAAGAGCAAGAAGAAGCCUCAGGUGGUGCAAUCCCAGGGGGCACCAGCAGUUACAGUUCCACCUCCAGAGACCAGACUGAGCUCCGGACACGUCUCAGCAGACAACAACCAUAGCAACAGCUCAAAUGUGGUUUGCACAGUGUGUGUCUAUGUGAACAAGCACGGUAACUAUGGCCCGCAUCUGGACAGAAAACUAGUGCAGCAGUUGCCGGACCACUUUGGUCCAGCUCCAGUAAACGCGGUGCUUCAGCAGGCUGUCCAGGCCUGCGUGGACUGUACGUACCAGCCCUCCGUGAUGCUGUCGUUCCUACAGAGCCAGUCCCACACAGGAGGAGAGGUCAUCAGAGUGCGGUCAGAGCAUGGUAUCCGCUACGUGAAGCUGCCCUCUGCCUCCAGUACGUCUUCUGUGCUGCGGUUUCUGGAGAACAUGUGCCAACAUCUGGAGAGUGACAGUCUCUUCAGCUCGCAGCCCUUUAGCCCCUUCAGCAACAACUCACGCUUCUACAACAGGACCAAGUCAGAACCACUGUCCCAACCUGAGAACAGCAUGUCCAAUGACGAUUCCACAAAGGAUCCCGCUCCCAUCAUCCGCCCCCCUCACACCGCAUCGGACUACAGAGCAGCAAAGAAGGAGCGGCCAUAUUAUCCUGGACACACACACACGCCGCCUCCCCUAAGACGGGUCAGCUCCAACCCGACCGAACUAGGGCAGAUGUGUCCACCCAGACGAGUGGAAGCAGCUAGUUCAACAACAGGCCCAGACCACAUGAAGCAGGACAAGGAGGGUUCAGGGAACGACGCCUCCACCUGGUCAGUUGACGAUGUCAUGCGGUUUGUCCUAGAGGCUGACCCCCAAACUCUCGGCCCGCACGUCGAACUGUUCAGGAAACAUGAGAUUGAUGGCAAAGCUCUGAUGCUGCUGCGCAGUGAUGUCAUUAUGAAGUACAUGGGACUGAAGCUGGGCCCGGCGCUCAAACUCUGUCAUCACAUUGAGAAGCUGAAACAGACCAAACAAUAGAGGAUGAAGGCACUCUUUUUUUUCUCACCGGCAACUUAACACACACACACACACACACACACACACACACACACACACACACACACACACACACACACACACACUAUACACUUAAAAGGACUUGAAUAAAUGCUGACAAGGCCAUUGACAUUCUAGUUUGAGUGCUGUACAGAACAUUAAAGUGCUCCUGAGAGAGUACAUGAUGGGGAAACUGUUUUGUAUAAAGUCAAGCCAAAAGGUUGUUUUUUUAAAUCAUUUUGUACUCAAACAAAGUGUAUGAACCUGAGCGUAAGUGUAAUCAAAAAAAUGUUCUGCCUGAAAUAGUUUUUGUGUGCAUCAUGAAAUAACUACCUACAGGACAAUUCUGUGUCUGAGUAAUUAUUCACAUGUCUCAAUGUUUUAUCUGUUUUCCAAUGGCAGAAAUACAAAUUUUCUGAACAUUUCAGAAGCAUUUUCUAACCAAAUCAUGUGUGUUGUAGCUGCAUUCUCACUGUUGCUCUCCUGUAGUGGUAACAAGUUGAUACUUGAAACCAUCUGGCUUUAAUGUAAAACUCAGGUUUUAGAGUUGUUUUGUAGAAGAUGUUUUACAUCAUUAGCACGUUGUGUCCAUUACUACGACAUAAAGGGACUGCACAGAAACUAUAUAUAUUUUUAUGCCUUGUCAUCUAUUGCUCCGUAGCCUUUCACAUGUAUAUACACAACUUUUUACUGUAAGUUUAACAAAAAAAUGUUUGUUGAUUAUGUUUGAUAUGUAUUCACACAUUAAACAUUUGUUUACA